AUGCGUGAUAAUAGGAAAAUAGUUUUUCUUAAUACGUGGACUACAGCUUGCUUACCAAUUGUAUUAUCGUUUUUAUUGAUCUUUGUAUAUCUAAGUGCAAAAAGGAUAAAAAUUGUUGAAGAAGAUGAAGAACCUUUCAAACGACCAAUUCGAACGAUAAGUGAAACAAAUAUCGGUGGAAAAAUUUCGCGUAAAAUUUCACUCGUCUGUGAUUUAAAAAAAAUUCCCGAAUUAGAAACGGAUUCAUCGAGAGAAGAUGAUCGUAUUGAAGAAGAGGUUGUCAAUUCAGUUAAAAAUGGUUCAGAAGAAAUUCAAUCAUACGCUCCUAUUGAUGAAAUUUCAGCUAAUUAUCCAGUGUUUGAUGAAGGCGAUGAAACUGUUGUGCCAAAAAUCAGUCCAACUCCUAUGAGAAAAACGUCAAAUGAUAUACUCUUGAGAAGAGCGUCAGUUGAUGAAAAUAUUGAAGUAUUACGAAAAAAAUCGAGUAUCUAUAAGGAUAUUGGCAAUAUUUCUGUGUUUCCUUUUUCGCUUUCAAAUUUUGCUUUAUCUGUGAAAGAACCAUACUUCACAAAGUUUGAAAAGGAUUCUUUGGUUGAUAUUGCUGCACAGUUGAUUGGCAUUCAUUUGCCUGUGUGGUUAAGUGUUAUUGCAUUGAAUAUAACUCUUGUUGAGAUAUUCAGUAUGCAUUUCCAUCAUCAUUUUUACUACCACAGUUCCACAGUCAAACUGUUUAUUUUGAUCAUCUCAGUAUUCAUGGGUCUUUUUCAUGAAAUUCAUUGGACGUGGAUUGUUAAUAAUAUCCUUGGGAUAUCGACUACUUAUUUGCUAAUUGCGCGUGUAGUGAGUUAUGCGGUUGGAUUGUUAUUUUUAUUGGGCAUGAUUGCCUUCGAUGUUUUCUGGAUGUUUGGAAUCGACUUGUUCUCCUUAGUAACGAAAGAAAUACGAGCACCAUUUAUGCUGAUCAUUCCAUGGGGAGUAGACAAAAAAGAAAUGCUUGCUACACUCGAUAUUAUUGUACCAGGAAUAUUCCUGAAUAUUAUAAUGAAAUUUUCGGAUAUGUACGACGCGAAAGCAUUUCCUGCAUGUUUUUCAGCUGCAUUACUUGGUCUUAUCGUAACAAUUAUUUUGUCAAUUCGAAAUGGUAAACCUACGCCAGCAAUGGUAUUACCUGCAAUUUUUAUAAUUUCUGCUUCCAUAUUAAGUGUUGAUCGACCGAUUGAUCUUUGGCGUUUUGAGAUAAAGCAUUAA